AUGUCUCUUCCAACAGCACAACUGGGCCGCGAUGGUCCCCAGGUCAACCGUCUGGGCUUCGGCCUCAUGGGACUGUCCUCGUUCUACGGCAAGCCAAGGCCCGACGAUGAGCGCCUCGACAUUCUCACACAAGCACACAAGCUAGGAGAGCGCUUCUGGGAUUCUUCCGAUAUCUACGGUGACAGCGAGGUCCUUCUGGGCAAGUGGUUCGCUGCAAACAAGGACAAGCGCAACAAUAUCUUCCUUGCCACAAAGUUCGCCAUCGACCCGAAGACGUUCCAGGUCGAUAGCUCACCGGAGUAUGCUAAGAAGGCCUGCAACGCCAGUCUUGAGCGCCUCGGCUUAUCACAGAUCGAUCUGUACUACUGCCACCGUGUCGAUGGCAGGACCCCUAUUGAGAAGACUGUCGAAGCCAUGGCUGAGCUGAAGAAAGAGGGCAAGAUCAGAUACUUGGGACUUUCAGAGAUUUCGUCAGACACUCUCCGCCGCGCACACGCCGUCCACCCUAUCACCGCCGUACAAGUGGAGUACUCGCCCUUCGCUCUCGAGAUCGAGAGCAAGGAAAUCGACCUUCUUGCUACAUGUCGAGAGCUUGGUGUUGCAGUUGUCGCCUACUCACCACUCUGCCGUGGCAUCCUCGGCGGCGCUCUGAAAUCUGCUGAUGACUUUGCGAGCGAAGACUACCGCAGUCAAUUACCUCGCUUCAGCCCUGAGAACUUCCCUAAGAACCUCAAGCUAGUCGAUCAAAUCAUCGACCUGGCGAAGAAGAAGAAUGUUGAGGCCAGUCAGUUGACGCUUGCAUGGCUGUUGAAACAAGGCGAAGAUGUCUUUCCCAUCCCUGGUACCACCAAGGUGGAUAGGCUCAAGGAGAACCUAGGCUCUCUGGACGUGAAGCUGAGUCAGGAGGAGGAGCAGCAGAUCAGAAAGGCAUGUGAGGAGGCAGAUGUCGCCGGCGACCGCUAUUCUGCUCGGGCCUUGGCGCAAUGCUAUGGAGAUACCCCAGCCUUGAAGUAG